AAGAAGCCACCCCACAUCUUGGCUGCCAGGAGAAAUACCAUCUUUGAGGUCAUGCCAUUCAUGAAGACAUUUUUAUUAGUGUUUUGUCCGUCUAUUUUUCUGUUGCAGUCUCAGUGGAAGACGUGUGGUCUUGCUCGUGCAAAACCCAUCUGGAGAGAAUCCGUUCUUUCUUCUCCACGUCUUUGCUGCAUUUCGGCUUCCCCAGCUUCCUUCCUCACCUGGCAAAGCUGGCUGGCUCUGGACGUUUUGCAGGCUGAAGAAAAUCACUGUUUCGCCUCCAGCAAGGAACAGAAAUGUUGCAACCCUGACUCCUCCUCUAAUGAAGAAAGAGUGAACAAGUGCACUUGUUGGGCUUCUUCUCCCAGAGCCUCCGGGCUGGGGGAGCCAAGGCUGAGAUCCCGGGACACCCCCCGGUUGGGCUGGGCUUCCCGCCCGCCCGCCCCCUUCCAUUUGGGUCUAACUCGCUCCUCUCCCUCUUUCUGGAUUUUACCGGCUGUUCCUGAAACAGCUUUACACACGAUGGAUCUCCACGUCCUUUUACAGGAAGUGCUCACGGACUGAGAUGGCAGACUUUGCUCCCCGGCAAAAUUGACGUGUCUUUUGGUUGAAUGUGACACGUCUUUUUGAAGGAACAAGAGGCAGACAAGUUUCAGCUGCCAAAAAUAAAAGAGAAACUGGGAAGAAUUUAACUUCUGAACUAGAAGGUCAGUCUUGCCAGCGGCCUUUGAGGAGUCUAAAGAACUCUUCUAUUCAUGGAGGCAAAUGCUAAGGAUGCUUUCUACAUGAACCUUGAGUUGGCUGAGGAAAGCAAGACAGAUAUGACCCUCUCGACAGUUUCUAUUAAAAGAAAUUCAUCUCAGAAAGAGGAAGAGAUGGGCCCAAAUCGAUCUCACUGAGAAAUGGCAGAACCAGCUCUAGAAACCACUGUCCAAUUCUUUCUGCAGCUUGCGUCGCCUCUCGGUGAACCUCUGAUCCAUUUCCUGUGGAAAGAGAAGGGAGCCAACAUGAAGGAAAAUGUGGCAUCCACAGUGGUUUUCAUUUUGCUACUGUUUCUCAACACCAACCUUCUGAAUGGACAGUCACCUCCCGGAAAACCUGAGAUCUUUAAAUGUCGUUCUCCCGAAAAGGAAACAUUCACCUGCUGGUGGAAGCCUGGGGCAGACGGAGGAUUACCUACCAAUUACACGCUGACUUACCACAAGGAAGGAGAGACAUUCACCCAUGAAUGUCCGGACUACAAAACCGGUGGUCCCAACUCCUGCUACUUUAACAAGAAGCACACCUCCAUAUGGACGAUAUACAUCAUCACAGUAAACGCCACGAACCAGAUGGGAAGCAGUUCCUCGGAUCCACGUUACGUGGACGUGACUUACAUAGUUGAACCAGACCCUCCUGUGAACCUGACUUUGGAAUUUAAACAGCCAGAAGACAGAAAACCGUAUCUGUGGAUAAAAUGGUUUCCACCCACCCUGGUUGAUGUAAGAUCUGGUUGGCUCACACUCCAGUAUGAAAUUCGAUUAAAACCUGAGAAAGCAGCUGAGUGGGAGACUCAUUUCGCUGGGCAGCAGACUCAGUUUAAGAUUCUCAGCUUAUAUCCAGGGCAGAAAUACCUUGUUCAGGUUCACUGCAAGCCAGACCAUGGAUUCUGGAGUGAGUGGAGCCCAGAGAGCUCCAUCCCGAUACCUAAUGACUUCUCAAUGACAGAUGCAACCGUGUGGAUCUUUGUGGCCGUUCUUUCUGCUGUCAUCUGUUUGAUUAUGGUCUGGGCAGUGGCUUUGAAGGGCUACAGCAUGGUGACCUGCAUCCUCCCUCCGGUUCCUGGGCCAAAAAUAAAAGGAUUUGAUACUCAUCUGCUGGAGGUAAGUCCAGAGAAGGGCAAGUCCGAGGAACUUCUGAGCGCCCUGGGGUGCCAAGACUUCCCUCCCACUUCCGACUGCGAGGACUUACUGGUGGAGUUCUUAGAGGUGGAUGACAGUGGGGACCAGCAGCUGCUGGCAGCUCACUCCAAAGAACACCCGGGGCAAGGCGUGAAGCCCACGCACUCGGAUCCCGACAGUGACUCUGGCCGGGGCAGCUGCGACAGCCCUUCCCUUCUGUCUGAAAAGUGUGAUGAACCUCGGGCCAAUCCCUCCAAGUUCCACACUCCUGAGGGCCUUGAGAAGGCAGAGAAACCUGAAACAAACGUUACCCAGCCCCAAGGCCCUCAGAGCACAAGCAUGGAAGGCAAAAUCCCCUCUCUUCAUGCCAGCGGAUCCCAAUCUUCAACGUGGCCUUUGCUGCAGCCCCCCGGCCUGCACUACUCCAGGUCAUCUUACCACAGCGUUGCUGAUGUGUGUAAGCUGGGCCUGGGCACGGCAGGUGCUGCAUCCACUUUGUUGGACAAAACAGACACACGUGCUUUAACACCCUCACAAACCAUUGAGACUGGCGGGGAAGGAAAGGCAGCUGAGCACGGGGAGUCAGAAAGCUUCCGUUCCAAGACUGACCAAGAUGCAGCACGGCUGCUGCCCCAGGGCAAGACCCCCUUGACCUCUGCUAAACCCUUGGAGUACGUGGAGAUCCACAAAGUCAGCAAAGAUGGAGCGCUGGCGCUGCUCCCGAAACAAAAUGAGCACAGCGGCCGGGCGGAGAAGACCAGCACCCCUGAAACCAGCAAGGAGUAUUCGAAGGUGUCCCGGGUGAUGGCGAGCAACAUCCUGGUGUUGGUGCAGGAUCGGCGAGCGCAAAACCUGGCUCCGUUUGAAGAACCGGCCAAGGAGGCCCCGCCAUCCCUGCCACAGAAUCCAGCCGCGGUAGACCUGGCCUCCUUCCCCGCGGCCCCGAGCAGCUGCAGACUCCAGCUCGGUGGGCUGGAUUACCUGCAUCCCACAGGUUUUAUGCACCCCUUUCAGUGAGAGCUUGAUUCAUGGAAGGAUGGGUUAAAAUGUGAUUUUCCUUCAGGUAACACUACAGAGUACAUGAAAUGCACUCUACCAGAGAAGGCUUGAGAACGGGGUUAGAAUGACACUACCAAACUCCCAGGUCACUCGUCUUCAUGAUCCAUUUUCAACCAGUUGCCUCUUUCUCCAACAGUUGAUUCCAGAACAAAUCGUUUAGUUUCGUGUGAUUUGUAGAGUUACGUUUUGCUAUCAGUUAUAAAAUUAUGUGUUCAAUGAAAUAAAAGCACAUUGCUUAGUAUUCUUGAGGGACAGUGCCAAUAGGUAUAUCCCCUGGAACAGGCUUUCAUGGUCUGGUAUAUGACAGAAGGAUAUCAACCAGUCAAAACUGUUUACCACAGGAAGAGGGUAGAUAUGAGAAAAAUGCCAUGAAAACCACUUUUGAAGACCAAUUGCUUAACCUUUAGCACUCCUCUCUCAUUUUAUUAGGAUUAACCAAAUUAAACACAUUUAAAAAAAGAGUGCAUUCUAGAACACCUGACAAAUUGUUUACAUCCGUUCCUAUUACCUUAAUGAUGCAUUGCCAAUAUGCAAAUAAAAAGGAUGCCUCCAAUUUUUUCUUAAAAUAGUUUGAAUUUAUUAAGCAUGGAUUCCCCCCCCCACCCCCGCUAAAUUGUAUUUCAUUCUGAAGUUCCUGGAGAAUAGAGUUUUAGAAAGUGAAAUUUUCUUACAUAAGAGGCAAAUGAGUUUCAUGUGGUGAAUCCUUCUAAAAUGUUUUCCUCCUUCAUUUCAGCAUGAUAAUUUAUUACACACCCUAGUCUUCUGUUAGUGAAAAAAAAUCCCCAAAGACUAACUUUAAUUUAAAAGAUCAUCGCUAACGGAAGUACUGCCUUACUGUACAUACAAAUUCUACUUUAAUAUAAACCCGUAAGUUGAACAAUGUAUUUUUGAAGACUAUUUUUCUAUCACUUAGGUAAAUAAAACACUGUUUUCUACCUUCCCAGUACAGCUGUUUACCUAUUCAGUGGGUACAGUAUUUUCCGUUAUGUGAUUAUAAGGAGUAUUUACAGUACAGAGUGAUAUAUGCAGUCCCUGUUUGUGGAAUAAAAUACCACACCAACCCAAAGCCCACUGAGGAAUAUGAAGUGGAUGACAAUAUUCAGUUUCCAACACAGUGUAGUAUAGUUUAGCUGAUUCUUUUUAUCUCCAGGAUACUUUAAACAACAAUCAUAGAGCUAGAGUUUUAGGGCUCUCCACAGACCAGAAAUUACUUCUCUUGUAAUUUAGGGCUACUCCGGGGCUUCUGCUCUUCUCUGGGUGAAUAGUCAUAAAGCUACAAUGAAAAAGGAGAGUGGUAACAUCUAACGCACUGUCCAAGAGAGAGGGUUCUUGUUCUGCUUUUCUGAACAAUCUUGGACAGCGAGGACAUUUUAAGUAAAGCCAGGAGUUCGUGUCUCUCUGGAAUAGAUCCAGUAGAUCCACUUGCAGAAUUUUGGCAGGGGCAGGGAGAGCACUCACGUCAGAAGUAUCCAAAGCAAAGUUCCAAGAAACCAGGCAUCUGUGGAUUAGUGGGAACCACUACAAAGGCCAGGGUAUGGUAGUUGGAAGCCCCAAGUCAGUUCCAAGGGCAGGCUCUCCAAGAGCGGUCAAAAGCCUGGAUCUCCAUUUUAAAGAGAACAUCCAUGACUCAUCAAACUGCCUGCCUCUAUUUCCAUUUCACCUGACAGCAAAUCCAUUUCUGUAUCCACUCACUAGCUGGAACAUAGAGAAUUUGAGCUCCCUCUGUGAGUUAAAUAUUCCAGCCCAACAAGUCCAUGUGGAUAGGAACUGGACUCCGAAGUGGCCUGAUGUGUGAAAGUGAACACGUUGCCAGAGCUUCCAGAAAUGCAAAAGUAAUACAUCUGAAGCUCUACUCUCCCAAUAUGCAAACAACAUGUUAAGAGCGAGGGGGCUAUUUGGGAAAGUUGUCCAAGUUUAUUCAAUCCCCUAGAUCCUUGCUACUCAAAAUAUGGUCUGACCAGCUGCAUCAGCAUCACCUGGGCGCUGCUUGGAAAUGCAGAAUCUCCACCCCAACCCUGCCUCAGAAUCUGCAUUUUGCUAAGAUCCCCAGAUGAUUCAUGUGCGCAGUGAAGUUUGAGAAGCAGUGCCCUAGGUGAUCAUUUCCACUAAAGCUUAUUUUAGUGCGUGAAGCGAUCCUCUCCUGGAAAGUACAGGUUGAGUCUAUUUGACUUGCACUGAACGGUACUGUAAGAAAAAGGCAUCAUUUUUUAAAACAUAUUAGUGGUUUAGGAUUCGCAUAAUGGUAGAGAAUGACCUGAAAAAGUACACACAACUUCUAAGAGGUCCAGGGAAUAUAUUCCACCUUGAGAAGCAUUGACAAAAGACUCUGCCCUUCACAGCCAGUACAGACUAAACCUUUCCCAAAAAUAGUCCAAUCUCCUCCAAGAUGUGUAUCAAUCAGUCUGAUAGUAUGAAAAUUCAAAAAUAGUCUGCUUUUGAUAUAUAAUUUGGCAUAUAUGGAAAAAAAUGUCAUGGCUGAAGACUCAAACUAAAUCCUUAAAAAAAACACCAGUUAGCAAGUAAAUUACUACCACUUGUUAACUAAAGCCAAGGCUAUAAGUCUAUGGUCAGUUAGCACUCUUUAAUAAACUAUGUUUUUUUCAUGGUCUAGCCUAUUUUCUGUUAAGGAAUCCCCUAGUCGAAUGAAAGUAUGCAGAUUGGGGGCCAAGAGACCCAGCUUCUAAUGCUAAUUAUGUUACCUUAGACAGAUCAACUCCCUUCUCUGGGCCUCAGUUUCCUCUGAAGGAAAUGUUAGGCCGGAAAAUCUCUAAUGUCCUUUCAAACUCCGACUCCUUGAUUCCAUGAUUCACUGAAUAGUGUCCUGCAAAGAUAAUUAACCAAUGCCUUGUAUCAUAAUUAAGCUAAUAAAUAGUUGCCCUUUAUCAUAGAAAUACAAGUCCUCUUCAGGGAUGUGGUCAUUUUAUUUCACUUGCAAAUCAUCAAGUCCAACUGAUCUUAACAUAUCGCACAUGCAUUUUAUACAUCAUGUAGGUAUAGAAUCAUAGUCUAAGAUUAUGUGCAAAUAUGCGUGUAGAGAGAAGAGGCAUGAGAUAUUUUUUUAAAGACAUUGAAAGAGGCUUUGAUUUUUAGAAAGAAAAACACUUUUCUUAUAUCAGGCGGCUGAUUCUGGUUUGUUUUUUUUUUUCUCCCAUGGAUUAUGUACCACCAUUGCACAUUUGGCUUUAAAAGCCUUAAGUUCUUAAUUAUAAAGGUCAUAUUUUUAUAAACAAACACCUAAAUAUUCAAGUUACAAAGCACACGGAAGAGGGAUAGCCAAUGGAUGAUUUAUGGAAGCUGAUGACUCAAACUGCAAAAUCUUCUCUGGUCAGUUUUAGCAAAUGGGUACAAGGCACCUCAAAUGAGCACAAGUUAUGAUCAGCCAUGUCACUGACAUUUAACAGACUCUCCACCUCCUAAGUGCCUAAGGCCAAUCCUGGUAGGCAGUUAUGUACUAAAUACUUGCUUUCACUGGUUUGGUCCAAAGCUGGUCAAUCCCUUACCAUCUGUACGAGACGAAGGAGUUUGACUGUCCUGUAGUGACCCAGCCGAACGGGAGAAUCCGAUGAACAACCAGAGGCACCUGAGCCCCAGGGUGCAGCUUGGUUAAGGAGGGUCCGUUCCCAAAUCUGCCUCUUUCUCCAGGCUGCCCGCCACUGCCCAUCACUGGCAGAAAGACUUGCCGCUGCCUGUAGUAAUUUUACUAUCUCCUUAGAGUAGACAUGAAAGAAACAGAUUUGUACACAUCUUACAAAGUGCCUUUCUUUACUUUUUGUUUUUUUGAAGUUUCAUUUUCACAAGAAAAGUGUAUCGAUUAGAAAGUAAAUCUUACAAUUUAGGUAAAUGAAUGAAAAAGCCAGAAAGAGAAUGACUAAACGGUCUAAGGUCCAAUCAGCAACUACUGAGUGGAUUUUAAUUUAUUGUUUAAUUGAAUUGCCACAGAGCUGAUGUGAAUAGUGUAACUUACUUUGACAAGAAAUUGACUCUGGCUAGGAUUUUGGAAUAAGCCUGCCACCCUGUUACUUGAGACCCUCAAUUUGAAAACAUAUUAAUGAACUUCUGAAUAGCUUGGACUUGCAUGCCAGGGCCUGAGAAGGGGAAUGCAUGCACCGUGGAAACUUGCACACAUGCAGAAAGAUGUAAAGGCUCUGGGUUACCAUCCGCAGGGUUGCUAACGUAGAUUUGUCAUUGAUGAAAGCCUCACGUGUACUUCAGUGAACCAAUUUCUUUUUCUCCUUUUUCAGCCCAAGCAUCAUUGUGUUGUUGCUAGGGUAGUGGGCUGAGCACUCAAUUUCCAGGUCGAGGUCAUCCUGCUGCCACUAAACAGGCUGUGUGAUCUUAGGCAAGUCCUUUAAACUCUAGCCACUAGUUCCCUCACCUGUUAAACGAGUGCAUUGGCCUAAAAUAUUUCUAAGACCCCUUCCGGCUCUAACUGUCUUUGAUGCUCAUGAUCUAAGUAAAGUCCAGGGUUUCUGUAGAAGGCCCAGGGGCAGUGCAGGGAAAUAUUGCUGGUGUGGCCUUAACCUGAAGCAGUGGACAAUGUGGCUGUGACACCGCUGAAGAGAAAAACAGAUCCAUUCCUCCAAGUCAGAUCGAUUUCAGUUAGCAUCCUUGCUUCUUCUCUUCUGCUUAGCUGUCCAUCUUGUAGGCUUCUUAUGCUCUCACUCCAGGGCCUUUAUUUUUCCUGAGAGUUCAUUAUGUGCAGUAGCAACCAUAGGAUUUGCAAGAAACUAAAUUACACAUAAACGAUGACUUUGGCCUGAGUCAAAGGACUGAGUCAGAUGUUAAGUCAGCCACACAGAUAUCAAGGCCCAGGUUGAGGGUCACAAGUUACCCCAUUUAAAGGUCCUCAGGCUUAGAUAUUCUAGCCCAAUUCAUUCAUUCGAAGGCCAUGAAUAAAUCCAGCUACAUUGACGACUCGGCCGUGGAGGUCUUAAGCAGAAACUUAAAAAUACAAAAUGAUUGCUUGAGAGCUUAUGACCUAACCAGAAGUUCUACUUAUAGUUAUGGCCUGGACUUAUUUCAUGAUCAGUAUACAUGUCAUCUGCAAAUCAAACAGGAGUUCUCUCCCUAGAUUUGUGUCUUUCAAGAAGGUGACUUUUGGUCUGAGACCAUUACAUGGUAUCUAUUUCAAUAAAAGGAAAGAGAUAGAAAGGGUGUUUCCAAAUGUUUGGGCACCUUAGGAUUCCACAAAAUGCCAAGAGUAGCCUGCUAAACCCAAAUUUUAUUGGACAUAGUCACUCUAUAAUCUAUUCAGUGUUCUGAGUUUAUGGCUAAGAGAUGCACGUAACUCACAAUACCAUAUGCCCAUGACUGUUUUGUCCACAUUGAUUCCUUUGAGUUAUGCUCUGAUUUCAUGUCAGGAAGCACUGAGAUGUGCAAAGGGGGAAAACAUGUACUGUUUACAUGGUUGUUGUCAGUGAAGAGAGAGACCCUUAGAUAAUCACAGUCUAUUAGUUAACUUUUUACCUGCUGCUGAUUAAAAAGAAAAAACACUUAACUCUAAAAACUUUAGCUACUUAAGUAGUAACAUCAAAAAUGAUAGUUUAAUAGUUAUGGUCAAAUUAUGCUUCACCUGGGUACACUUCAAAGUCCAGUCUGAGUUUUUUCCAUGCAGAUUUCACAAAUCCUGAGGGGGGAAAAUAUCUUGUUGUUGUGUUAUCUGAAAUUGAAAAACUAUAUGGCAAAGAUUUUCCUGAACAGCAAUUUGUUUUAUAAAAUUCCUGAUAAAAUGAUUUUGAAGUUUUAAAAGUAACUACCUCCCUUCUUGUUCUAAUAUCCUUCCUUCAAACUGCUUAUCAUUUAGAGAUGAAAGAUGUCACAUCUCCCACUUUGACUAUUUUCAGUGCCAUAGUUGUGUAUUUGCCAUGUGAUAUUCCUGACUUUAAAGUAACUGUUAUAUGAUUUUAUAUUAUAUUGCUUUAUGUGGUUCAAAAACUGUAUGACACAUUGAAAUAUAUAAUCCUCCUGUUGUGAAACUCACCAUGUAAUACAAAAGAAAAUAAUUAUUUAAUGACUUAGAAUCUAUGUAUAUGUAUUUCAGUAUGAUUGUUUCUAUGUCUGGAAAACAAAACUGAAAAAAAUAUGUAAUGAUAUCUUUCUGAUGAAA